UGCUUCUGCAUGUCAUUUCAUGGUCGUUGUUGUCAUUUGUUAUGUUGUUUGAUGCUAUGAUGUAUGUUGUAGCAUUUGUGGUGGCCUGUUUUGAUAGCUAUUGUUAAUGUUUUUCCAGACUCCCAAAAACUGGGUAUUUAAUUUUUUUGAUUCAUUUUUUUCAGCAAUGAAAAACUGAUAACGUGUUGGAUGAAAACUCGUUCCAGUCAUUCAUCCCUUUCGCUUGAGCAACUUGCAACAAUAAUUUUAACUGGUAGACGAUAAGAAGAAGAUCAAGUUGCCUACAAAACUUUAACGUCUGAGAAAAACUUACUGCGAUGGAUAUGAGUGUGUAUUUAACAGCUCCCUUACGUUUAGAUAAAAUUUGUAGAGCUUGUUUAACAGAAAAAGGAGAUAUGAGACCAUUAUUCGGAGCUUGCCUUGAUGAAAUGUUAGUUUCAUUUGCAUCAAUACAGGUGGAAGAAGGUGAUGGUCUCCCAAAUUUGAUGUGUGUACAGUGUGUUCUCCAGUGCAGUAGAGCAUACACUUUUAAACAGCAAUGUGAAAAAUCAGAUAAUAUCUUACGGCAGUAUAUUAGUGCAGAUUUUCAGCAACAAUUGUCGGAAACUUUAAAUGAACAACAAACAAAAGAAGAACUUCAAGGACAAUUACAAUUUCCGGAUAAUAUAGCCAAUGUUGUUAUAGAAGAAGGAAUAACUGCUGAAUUUGUUGGGUACAAUGAAAGCGUUGGUAGCGUGGUAGAGGUAAAACAAGACUUAUAUCCUUUGGAAGCACCCACAGAGGUGGAACCUAUUGAGGCUGAAAAAAAUGACGACUUACAAAAUAAAUUAAAAUACCUUUGCACAAAAUGUGACGAAUCUUUCGCCCUAAAGGUUGACUUAAAGGUCCACAUGAUGUCACAUCCUAAAGAUUUGGAUCAUGUGUGUCACGUUUGUAAUAAAGGUUUUCCUGAGUCUCGUAUUCUUAAAAGGCAUUUAAAAAUCCAUCUUGAUAAAAAGCCUCAUCAGUGUGAUCAGUGCCAUAUGUCUUUCGCGGAAAGUUCCAAUCUAAGUAAACAUAAAAAAAAGCAUACAGGUGAACUGCGUAAUAUCACUGGGAAACCUCAUUUAUGUUCAGUUUGUGGACGAGCAUUUAAAUGGGCGUCUAGUCUGUCAAAACAUAUGAAAUACCACACAGGUCAUAAACUAUUAUCUUGUGAUUACUGCGGAAAACAAUAUGUCGAGGCUAGAAGUCUACGUAUCCAUAUUCGAUCACACACUGGCGAACGACCAUAUACAUGUGAAGUAUGUCAAAAAACUUUUACGCAGAUUUGCAAUUUAGAAAAACAUUUACGGGUUCAUACUGGAGAAAAACCUUUUCUGUGCCCGAUUUGUGGAAAAGGAUUUACCCAAUCUGGUUAUGUUGGUAUUCACAUGAGAACCCAUACUGGUGCGCGACCGUAUGUAUGUCAGACUUGCGGUAAAGCGUUUGCAGGUUCUAAUACUCUCACCAUUCACCAACGCAUCCAUACUGGUGAAAAACCAUAUACCUGUAACAUGUGUGGUAAAGCAUUUAGUCGUCAUGAAACUUUGAUAAUACAUACUCGUUCACAUACGGGUCAUAAACCGCAUGUGUGUAGCGUAUGUAAGAAAGGAUUUACCUCUUCUGGGCAUCUUUCUGGCCACAUGCGUACGCAUACAGGAGAAAAACCUCAUGCUUGUAACAUAUGUGGCAAAAAGUUUGCUGGAUCCAGUAGUUUAAAAGUUCACAUGAGAAGUCACUCCGUAGAUAAACCAUUCAUUUGUAAAUUGUGUGGCAAAGGAUUUACCCAGUCUAUUUUAUUUCAGCAACACUUAACCACCCAUAGUAAUGUUGAAGACAAGACCAAUAUAUCAAAAGUAGAAACAGUACAAAUUAGAGAUCUAAUGUAGUUAAUGUUAUGUGAAUAUAAAAUAAGGAAAAAAUAUUUAUUUUCC